UUUGUUUUUUUUUUCAUCUCCCAAAAGAACCAGAGAGAGAGAGAGAGCUUUUUUUUUUCUCUUCAUUCCUUUGUUCCUCUGUAAAUGCUCAGACCAUUUCUUGAAUCCAUGCGCAUCAUCACAUGGCUUCCACGCCGUCCGAUCCAUCAUCAUCAUCAUGAUUGGUUUUGAUCAACGGUGGUUUUCUUGUCUUCUUCCACCGCUUUGGGAAGCAGCCAUGGAAGCUACUGAAGUUUAGCAGCCAUUUCUAAACCUUCUCAAUAGAUCCAAUUCCAACACCAAAAAUUUCUCCCUCUUUUUUUUCCACUUCUAUUUUUUCUUUUCAAAUUCCCACUUCCCCAAUCCAAACCCAGAAGCUAAUUUCUCAAGAUUUUGCCUUAUUUCAUCAAUUUUUUUUUUGUUUUUGUUUUUUUGAGUCUGCAAGAUCUGAUUCUUUCGAUUUGAUUUGUCAAGAAAUAUGCUGAGGAACAGAUCCAGAGCUGUAACUGGGAAGCAAGCUUUAAUGGCGGAUCACACUUCUCAAUCUUCUUCUUCUUCAAAUUCAUACACAAAACCAGUUCCAAAUCCCCUGUUCGGUUCCCCCAGAUUCAGAGCUCUUGCAGCCAUGGGAUUCUCCGAAACCCCACAAAUUGAUCACUCUCUCAUCAGCCCCACCUCUGUUCUUGAUUCCAAUCCAUUUUUCUCUCUCCAAAAUCCCUUUUCACACGACAAAUCAAAAUUACCCCCACCACCCAAUUCCCCCAAAUCCAUUUUCUCGGGAAACAAACAGAAAAUUUCAGAGCCCAUUGGGCUGGCUCUGAUCGAGGAGAAGAACGAUUCGAAACCCAGCAAGAGCGUGAUCUUCAGUGCUAAGCUUCGGGUCCAAAUUCCUCCUCCGGCGCCGGAAGCCGCCGUGCGCGGCGGGUGUGCAGAGAAAACAGAGGAAUUUUGUUGGAAUUUUGGUGGGUUGAUGACGGUGAAGGAGAUGGAAGUUUGUGAGGAAUACACAUGCGUGAGAACCCAUGGGGCUAACGCCAAAAUUACUCAUAUAUUUGAUAACUGUGUGGUGAAUACGAAGAGCUUUGUGGAUUCUGGGUCUCAGAAAUCCAUGGCGGUUGCCAAGAACAAGAACGCAUUCCUUAGCUUCUGCUACACUUGUAAGAACCAUCUUCAACAAACCAAUGACAUCUAUAUUUACAGAGGAGAGAAAGCUUUUUGCAGCAAUGAAUGUCGGUACCAAGAAAUGCUUUUGGAUGAAGAGGAGGAUUCUUCAUGAUCAUCUUCAACCUCUGCCUUCUUCUUCCAUUGCACCAUUUUCACAAUAUUGAUGGAGUUUUUUUUUUCUUGUCUUUUUGGGGUUUUUUUCCCUCUCUCUCAUGCAGAUAGAGAUAAGAGAGAGUUGUGUUUGUAGAGAGAUGAUAAAAUAUUUCCAAAUAUGUGGACUAAUAUAUUUCCGCUUCGGAUUUUAUUAAAAAUUUUGGGACUUUUUUAUCAA